AUGGCAUGUGGAGUUCUGUUCAUCCAUACUGUGCAGACUACCCAGGUGCGCCAUGGAGUCAUGGACCUCCCUCCAUCUGCCCAAACAAGCACAUUCUGCUAUAAACCGACGCUACUCGGAGCGUUUUCGAUUCUGGCUUCAAAUCCUGCCAAAGCUGGCCUAGGCCAAACAACGCUGCCCCUCAUCCCUGACGACCUGAAAUCCGCGUCGCACCAUAAUCUUGCAUCCCCGUCCGAAAGGCGAGGAACCCGAACCGCCCAGUCCACUCCUAUGCACAGUCGCGAAUCCUCCGCCGCCCGAGGAAGAGCAGUAGACCCGUCCACACUUGCUCCCAUACAGCCUAGACGCGGCCAUUCCGGUUCCAAGAGCCCCGAUGUAUCGGGAAACCGUCCAGGAUAUGAAGUGGGUUUAGAACGACGACCUUCCAAUUCAUACGGCCACCACCGGCAGACCUCCAUCGUUCACGGCGUGCAACAUUCCCGAAACACGAGCAUGGCAGGCUCGACUGCGUCGACAAGCCCGCUGAGCCCGGAGCUCAUCGCGUCUCUCGGUCGCGGUGCGUUUGACGAGGCUACACUGCCUGCCAAAUUCGACCCUCUCGAUUCGCACUCAGGCUAUCAGACACCAUCUGGGACAUCCACAACAUCCGCGUCAUCCGUAAGCCAUGGGCUACCGUCGACACUCAGUUCCAUCAAAGAUACAGAUAGAGACGUGCUGGACAGCCCUGCGGCCCUGCUUCACAAGCGAAUGAAUUCGGGAGGGAAAACGAGACGGGAGAGGUCACACAGUCGUUCGCAGUCGAAACACUCGGAAUCAAAGACGGUUGGUGAAUAUGCGCUGCACCAUUUGUUCAACUCCUUUGUUGGCCAGGCGGACAGCAAGAUCAACCAGGCCAUCAUGAAAUUGGGGGAAUCCGAAGCUCCCGUGGAAGAGGUUUGCGGUCCUGGAGCGGAUCCUACGUUCGAUCAAUUGAUUUCAGCUUUGGGACAUAUCGCUCGACAGAAACCGAAACCUCUAAUUGACACCAUCAUGUUCUGGCGCAAGGCCAAAGGAGAUGCGGCCAUCACAGCUCGGCAGAUGACGAAUGACCAGAAGCCCUCACCCGCCACGGAGAACGGUCCCCUGCUGCGUCGUAAUACCGAGCCAACUCAGUUCAUGGAUCCUACUGUGACAGCAGAGCGCUCGAAUCCCUCGGCGCCCUUCGUCAGCCGCCCUGACGACGUUGCUCUGGUUGAGCGACGGGCGACAGUCUCGGUCUAUUUAGUGUGUAGAGUCUUGAUCGAGAUAUUCAACCAGAGUAGCUUGGCCUCAAUCACUCUUGACAUGGCGGAUCGCCUGGAAGACAUUGUCUUUGGUCAAGUGAAGACCUCGGACCCUGAUCAGAUCUCGGCAUCCCCGCUUCGAAUGGCGAACUGGAGAAUCUACGGCCAGCUAUUAGGUAUCAUGAGCGAGGCAAACUUCACGAACGUUUCCGGACGAUUCCUUGCGGAGCUUGACCGUUACCAGAAGGAUGAGGCAGCUCGGGGACCUACUCGCGAUGGUGACUCCAAGGCCGAGUUAUUGAUCCUCUGCAUGAGAUAUCUGCGUUUGCCGAUGUCACCGGAGGGAUGGCCCAAAUCCUGUGAAUUUAUGCGAUCGCUAGCACGAUUGUUUGUCAACGCCCAUGGACAGCGCAUUAAGCAAGCCUACUGUUACGUUAUUGAGAAGCUGCUACUUCCCAUCGCGGCCAACCCGAGCUGUGACCUGUCGCUGCCUCGAUGGAAGGAGUUUGUGGACUUGGUCCAGCCUCGCCUAGCCCAACUGCUCACCAAACCUCGCCAUUGGGCUUCAUCCUUCUCACUGAACGUUCUGUUGCUUUGCAUCUCGAACAAGGAAACAUUCUCCUCGCAAUGGCUGUCCAUGAUAUCGAGCUUACCUGCUCGGCUGAAGGAUCGUCCCACCCGUGCGCCCGCUCUCCAUGCCAUCUGUCGACUCGUCUGGACGUAUUUCUUCCGUUUCUCUGAUUCACCAACAACUACCCUUCGCAAGGUCGAAGAAGUGGCAAAGAUUGCCCUACCAGCCGGCCGGAGAACGUAUCUAAGCGCAGAGCCGGUCUUUGCCGAUCCGUUGAUCCAGCUGAUUCAAAUUAUCGGUUUCAAGCAUCCGGAUGUUUGCUUCCGUAACAUUAUUUUCCCUCUGAUCAACUCUGAUCUUUUCUUGUCUGGCAAAGAGUUGAGGAUAGAGCAGAUGGAGCCAGAGAAGAUGGUCAUUGGCAUUCGUGCUUUCCUAGCUACCAUGUCGGACCUGGAAACUAGCGAUCAGCUCUGCCCUCCAAUUCCAACUGGCUCGCUGCCAAAUCCUUUCACAGACGCCUCCACCCCCCUUUAUUUCCACCGCCCUCAAUUACUCAAAGAGCAUACUGUGGUAAAUGCGGCUGAAAAGCAAGACCCAACUUCCUGGCAACCCGUCAACACAGCACGGCUGAGCGAGAACGUGAAGGAAUAUUACUUCCGCUUCUGUGAAGUCUUAGGCAAGAUCACCUUGCUCUGUGACAACACGUUUGGUGGUCAAGCAGUCUUGGAUGAAAAGUUUAGCGGAACCACUCCCAAAACUCCAAUCUCUGAGGCUUUCAGUUUCGGUCGCCGCGAUGACCAUGUCACUACUCUGGAUCAGAAGCAAGGCUUCUACGACCUGCUUCAUGUGGCAGUUCAAGCCCUCCCACGUUGUCUCUCCGAUCAUAUUCCAUUCAACUCUCUCAUCAACCUCCUCUGCACAGGAACCGCGCAUGUCCAGUCAAACAUCGCUACGUCCUCAGCUGAAUCACUGAAGGCCAUCGCGCGGCAAUUACAUGCCCAACAAGUUACAAUCGGGUUUGCCAGGUUCAUCUUCAACUUCGACGAACGUUACUCUACGAUGUCAGACGAGGGGAUGCUAGGACCAGGCCACAUUGAGUCUACCCUGAGGCUCUAUGUUGAACUACUGCAGAUUUGGAUCCACGAGAUCAAGCAGAAGACCAAAGGUGCAGCGGCCAUGGACCAAUUGGAGCGGUCUAUCUCGGGGAGCCGUGCUCUCCAUCUUGAUUUAUCAAGCGUCCUUGCGCAUGUUGAAGAGAUUGAGUCACACGGCUUGUUCUUUUUGUGUUCGCAAUCCAGACGGGUUCGUGCAUUCGCCAUCACGGUGCUGCGCCUGAUUACCGAGUUCGACAGCGCUCUUGGAAAAGAAAAUACUCGCAUCAUUCGAAUCCUCGAAGCAGAUUCCCAGCAGAUCUUGGAUCUUGAUGAUGAACAUCUGACGGUUGCCGAACGAAGCCGAAUUCAAAAGGGAAAAAGGAGAAGUGCUUCGCAAAACACACUCAUCGAGUUGUGUAGCAGUGAAGUCUCCUACGAUUCAACAUUGUGGGCCAAGGUCUUCCCGAAUAUCAUUCGCAUCAGCUUCGAAACCUGUCCUUUUGCAGUCACGCUGGGCCGAGAGAUUGUAUGCGCACGUCUCGUUCAGAUGCACAAAAUAAUCACCCAUUUGGCCGAGAGUAUCAGAUUCCCUCAAUACGGUUCGAUGGAUGGUUACCAGUCUCGUCCAAUCGGCAGAAGCAAUGUGACAUCUGAGAUCCUGGUUGAGCAAUGGAAGCUUUACUUGAUCAUGGCAUGCACCACUGUCACCAGUGUUGGAGCUCAGUCUCAAAGCCAGCUGGCAAAUGCCCAACACGCACGCAAAGCCUCCAAGGGAGCCCACCAAUCCCAAGACAAAAUUAGCUCCGCUCGAAGCUUGUUCGCAUUUGUCAUUCCCCUUCUUUCCGCAGAGCGAGAUUCCAUUCGCAACGCCAUCGUGGUGGCUUUGGGAUCCAUUCAUAAGAAUCUUUACCGUACUCUACUUGAGUCAUUGCAGUAUGCUGUCACGACCUGCAACGAAGAGGCGAAGAUGCGGAUCGGCAAUCACUACCGCAGUCCCAGUAGCCCUCGUCGAAACCGAAAGACAGACCGUCUACGCACAGAAGUCACCAAUGUUUACAAACUCACAUCACAUUUCCUCCAAGAACCGGAGGUUUACAAUGACGACUGGAUCGUCAAUAACCUUGUUACUUACGCGAAAGACAUCCGAAUCUUCCUGAGUGAUGCCGAGGUUCAAAAUGACUGGGAGUUUCAACGCCUGCGCUUCCAUUAUUGUGGCCUGAUGGAGGAACUUUUCGAGGGCAUCAAUCGCGCCAAAGCGCCUUCGCGUUGGAUGCCAUUCGAGUCUAGAAAAUCCGCAUUCUCCCUCAUGGAAGACUGGUGUGGAUACUCACCCAAUCAAGCUCAAAUAAGUGAAAGAGAAGAGAACAUGCGGAAGUUCGCUAUGGCCCAGCCGCACGAGACUGGUGAAAUGAGAAAUACCGCUGCUGCUAUGGAAAUCGAGAAGAAGAAUCUCCGAGCAGCAGCACUGAGUGCAAUGGCUUCUCUUUGCGCUGGUCCUAUCAGCAUCACCACUGAGAGUGGCUCGGUUCUCCAGUUCGAUGUCAGUCGGAUGCUCUCAUGGCUUGAAAUUAUUUUCAACACUGUCACUGACAAAUGGCAUGCCAUUGGUCGACGGGCACUCAAAAACCUCAUCAUCCACAAUCAAGAACACUCAUAUUUAAUGGAGCGGUCUAUUGAGAUGUGUUACGUCACGGAACGACCCAAGACCAUCGAGAGUUACAUCGAGGUGGUCAGUCAGGUACUUUUCGAGUAUCCAGACUACCCCCUUAGAUUCUGGAGAAUCCUGGGAGCGGUCCUGGUGACCCUUGGCAACGAAAAGCGCGAAAUUCGAAUGAAGUCUGCAAAGCUUCUUCGGAAACUGGAAGAGCGACAGCAAAAGAAUUCCAGGCUCCAAGACUUCGAUAUCAGUAUCUCCGAUAAGACCACCGCGGUGUACAAGCUUGCUCAGUUCGAGAUUUCCAAACGAUUAGCGAGUCAACACUGCGACUUGGCGUUCACCAUCUUCUCCGAGUUCUCUUUGCAUUUCCGCAACCUGCAGCCUGAUAGCCAGCGCAACAUGGUUGCCGCUAUUCUGCCGUGGGUUCAGACAAUGGAGCUUCAGGUUGAACCGAACGGCGGUCCUACCGCCAAGUCAUACAUGUUGCUGGCGAACUUGUUUGAGAUCACCAUCCGCUGCAGCACAACCCUACCGAACCAGGUACAAGCAUUAUGGCAAGCCUUGGCAACAGGCCCCCACGGAGGCAAUGUACAGUUGGUUCUUGACUUCAUUAUCAGCAUAUGCUUGGAACGCAAGGAGCAAAACUUUGUUGAAUAUGCCAAGCAGAUGGUUGUGUUUUUGUCCGGAACACCAGCCGGAUCGAAAGUCAUCGAGUUCUUCAUGUUGCAGGUCGUACCAAAGAAUAUGGUUCAAGAGCGAAAGGAUCUGACUCCACCUCCUUCAGAUAUCACCAGUCUACCAUAUGUCGCUGACCUUGGUACGGUGUUACCUGUCGGUAACAAGCAAGCCGGUCUUUCUCUUGGACAGGUGGCGUUGAUAUUCCUUGUUGAUCUCAUGGUCGCCCCGGUCACCUUGGCCCUUGAAGAUGUUGUCAAACUCAUUCAUAUUGUCCUAAUCCUGUGGGAUCACUACACAGUCACUGUACAGGAGCAAGCUCGAGAGAUGCUGGUCCAUCUCAUCCAUGAGCUGAUAGCUGCAAAACUUGAGGAUGAUGCGCCGGCUGGUGCCCGGCAGUCCGUGGAGGACUUUGUUGAAUCAAUUCGAAAGAGUGACUCCGCUGUUGUUUGGGAGUACGAGGAAAACUACGGCAAGGACGAAGAGUCUGAUGGUCGCCGGGUGCCCGCCUCCAUGGCCACCGUCACCCGCGAUGUUGUCAAAUUCUUUAGCUUCGCGUAUGAAGGCGUUGGUGACUUGUGGGCCAAGGAAGCCUUGAACUGGGCCACUUCGUGCCCGGUGCGACACUUAGCUUGCCGCUCCUUCCAGAUCUUCCGCUGUAUCUCGACGUCGAUAGACUCACAAAUGCUCGCUGAUAUGCUCGCUCGACUCUCGAACACCAUCGCAGACGAGGAAACGGACUACCAAACUUUCUCGAUGGAGAUCCUGACCACCAUCAAGAUCAUCAUCAGCUCACUAGCUCCCUCUGAUCUUCUGCAUUAUCCUCAAUUGUUCUGGACGACUUGCGCUUGCCUGAACACAAUCCAUGAGACUGAAUUUAUCGAGAGUAUCGGCAUGCUCGAGAUGUUCCUCAGUCGGGUCGAUCUCAGCGACCCAGUUGUGGUGGCACGGCUCAUCGAGGGUCAACCACCCAAAUGGGAAGGAGGGUUCGAUGGUCUCCAGGACCUAGUCUUCAAGGGAAUGAAGUCAUCAGAGUCAUUCGAUCGUACGCUUGAUAUCCUGCAUGUUCUAAGUGGUCUUCCCAACAACAGCCUCAUCGGCGAUGGAACCCGUCAGCUAUACACCGUGUUGGCUAAUCUGCCCCAUUUCCUUCAAUGUUUCGAACAAGACUUCAGUGAUCCCAAACCUAUCGCUCGAGCCAGCCUACUUGCCCGCGUGGCUGAGAGUGAGCGGUGUCCUCGCUUGGCUGCUUCGCUGUUUGGAUUUGCAAAUCAGCAGUACAAGACCGCUGGCGUCUUCCUGGAUCAUAUCAUCACUGAGAUCAAGCUUUACUAUUUCCCCCAGCUCGAUUUCCAGUGUUUGAUCUUCCUCAUGGGUCUCUUGACGAACACCACGGAUUGGUUCCGUAUCAGAGCGAUGCGGAUUCUUUGCGUUUUGAUCCCUGAGGUUGACAUGAGACGUAACGAAGUCACUUGUCAUGGUCCUGAUUUAAUCUCUCCGCUGCUCCGGCUUCUGCAAACUGAUCUUUGCCCCCAGGCUCUCGAGGUUCUGGAUCACAUCAUCACCGUCUCCGGUAACCCAAUGGAGCGUCAUCACCUUCGUAUGAGCAUGGCAUCAUCGGCCUCUUCUCGCGCAAUUCGAAAAGAGUACGAACGGAUCCAGAGUUUGUAUGGUAUCCCCGAGCCCACGGGCUGGUCGGUUCCCAUGCCUGCGACUCAAUCCACUAUGACUCGACACAACGUUCACGCUGUCUUCUACACCUGUUCCGAGGCCGAGCACAUGGAAGACGACGAUGUGAUGACCCCUGGUGUCCCCUUCCAUGCAGAUGAGUACAGCAGUACCGACUCGUUCUUCCCUAUGAGAGCCGACACCAUGAGAUCGAUCGAAACGCAGACCGAUGGAAACAUAGGAGAUCUUGUACAGAAGCUGGACAGCCUAGACGACUUCUUCGAGGAAACAGACCCCACAACUCCAGUGUUGAAUCCUGUCGCCCCUCCAAUGCUGCGAGGUUUCACAGGUAGCUACGUGGCGGAUACCAAUGCACAUCUCUACGACCAGCAGACUGCGCCAAUUCUGCGAAAGUCUCUCGCUCGUACAGGCUCUACCUCCUCUUUCCACAACGGUCUCGCCGAGUCGCGCCCGCCCAACUUCCGCUUUGAUGGCCCCACUGCAUAUUCCCCAAUAAGUGCAGUGCCUCAGAACACAGCACAUUUAUUGCGUCCGACUUCCCACACCCGCUCUGUUACCUCCCCCGCCAAUAACCUUUAUGUUCAUACCGCGUCUGGUGCCCCCAAUUCCACCCCACAUGUUGGACUCAGCGACUCCGCCUUCAUGUCAGACGAGGAACCUGACGAGGUGCAUUCAGAUUUAGAGGAACGUUUGGUGACUACUCGAUUGAACCCAAUGCCCGCGCCUAUGGUCCGCAGUGCCACUGAUAGUCCGCAUUCCCUUGAAUCCAUGAUUCGCAGCGGGAUGCGGAGGCUGACCGGCGGUGCAGCCAACAGGGAGAAGGAGCGUCAACGGGAUCAUCUUCGUGCACAGCACCGUGCCAUUGUCCAAACGGCCAAUUCACCUCGUGUGCCCAAGGUUCCAGAGGAGUAUCUCUCAGGGCCAACCAGUCAUCCGGCAUCACCUAGGUGA